AUGGUCCAUGAUCCUCAGACCCUCAGAGCCUCAGACCCUCAGUCCCUCAGUCCCUCAGAGCCUCAGACCCUCAGAGCCUCAGUCCCUCAGACCCUCAGACCCUCAGAGCCUCAGACCCUCAGAGCCUCAGUCCCUCAGACCCUCAGACCCUCAGAGCCUCAGAGCCUCAGACCCUCAGAACCUCAGUCCCUCAGACCCUCAGACCCUCAGACCCUCAGAGCCUCAGAGCCUCAGAGCCUCAGUCCCUCAGACCCUCAGACCCUCAGAGCCUCAGACCCUCAGAGCCUCAGACCCUCAGAGCCUCAGUCCCUCAGAGCCUCAGAGCCUCAGACCCUCAGAGCCUCAGACCCUCAGAGCCUCAGACCCUCAGAGCCUCAGUCCCUCAGAGCCUCAGACCCUCAGAGCCUCAGUCCCUCAGACCCUCAGACCCUCAGAGCCUCAGAGCCUCAGAGCCUCAGACCCUCAGAACCUCAGUCCCUCAGACCCUCAGACCCUCAGAGCCUCAGAGCCUCAGAGCCUCAGUCCCUCAGAGCCUCAGACCCUCAGAGCCUCAGUCCCUCAGACCCUCAGACCCUCAGAGCCUCAGAGCCUCAGAGCCUCAGACCCUCAGAGCCUCAGAGCCUCAGACCCUCAGUCCCUCAGACCCUCAGACCCUCAGAGCCUCAGAACCUCCUGCUUCUGUGA